CUCGUGCUCGGCCGUCUCUCGCAACAUCAGGACGCGGUCUUCGGUCACUUGACCAACACUCCACCCAGCUUGGUUUAUCUGCCAGCCAUUCAUGAGGUUGUCGGUCCCUGUCUCCAUGUGCUUCCUGUGCGCGUCCAGCUCCAGCCGACUACCGCACGAAGGGAGCUGCUGCAUGCGAUUCAACAGCAAUAUAUCGGCGCCUUGCCCCAUUCUAUGUUAGGCUUCGGCGAGAUCAUCGAUCACUGCACACAAUGGCCGCCAACCACCCGAUUGAGUUCCAUCCUGCAAUACCAAAACCUGCACCAAGACCUGGACAGUGUUCUUCUUGGCGGGGACACGGGGAGUCUCGAAGCUUAUGUACCUACCUCUGACGCUGCCGACCUAUGGAUGAUGGUAACUCCCAGGGACAAUUGUGGUGCCGAGAGACUGCAUGAGAUCAAACUGAGCUACAGCGCCGCAACUAUGCCCUCUUCCAUUGCAGAUCGCAUUCUCGACGAUCUGCCGAUGCAAUUUCGUUCCUCCAGGUCCCUCACGCCUCCGAUGAUGGAUUCCGAUUACAUACCUACUUCGACCAAACCGCGCCCGAAUCCCCACCCACCCUUCCGAUCGACAGGCAACUCGCGGAAACCGGCUUGCCGCCACGCGCCGCAAUCAUCGCCGCCGUCAAAGGCAUAUGGGAGCAGGCGUUUGGCCCGCAGUUCCAUCGCUAGAAUACUACAGUGCGCAAGGAGGAGUGCCGGACGAUGCUGCACACCCCAUUUGGGCCGGAUCCGGUGAGCGCCGCGCAGCUGUCACUGCUCUUCCAGCAGGCCGGGGUGGAAAUCUCGCCGGCAGAGGCGGCCGAGUAUCCGCCUAUCUUCCAGCAGAGCUUGCUUUGGGGCUACAAGGUGCGAGAGGGAAGUUGCUGAGUCAAGUUUCAGAUGGUUUUCUGGGAACAUAGAUUAAUGGCUUUGUGAUUCUCCGCGGU